AUGAGUACCAUGAUCUUACCUGGCGAUGAAUUCCAUUUGGAGAGCCGAGAAAACGUCUUACUAGGACCUGGAGCUUAUUGUGAUCCUAGGAAUCAAAAGGUACAGCCUGUCACUGCUGGUUUCGAGGUUGUCACUGAAACCAAGAAGAACGUGUCUGUCCAUGUUGAACAUAAUUCCAAGCGCUACAUACCUGCUGUGGGAGACCUGGUAGUAGGAUUGAUUACCGGUUCGUUUUCAGAUAGUUACAGGGUAUCUCUAUCAAACUUUUCGACGCCAGUGACGCUUUCUUACAUGGCUUUCCCCAAUGCCUCAAAGAAAAAUCGCCCUUCGCUCAAAGUAGGGGACUUAGUGUACGCCAGGGUUUGCAAAGCAGACAAAGAAUUAGAAGCAGAGGUUGAGUGUGUAGACUCUAGCACAGGCAAGGAUGCUGGAUUUGGACUGCUGGAGGGGGGCACGAUUGCGGAAGUUUCGUUAGCGUUCUGUAGAGAGUUGACAUUCAAUGGCGAUUAUCCUUUACUUUCGUUGCUCGCAAAAAAUGCUCAGUUCGAAGUGGCUAUUGGCAUUAAUGGCAAGGUAUGGUUUAAAUGUGACGACAUCAGACACACAAUGGCCUGCUACCGAUCUAUAACUGAAUGUGAGCAUCGAACUCAGUCAGAGCAUAAAUCGAUAAUCUCGAAGCAUUUCAAAACUCUGUUGAAUUCUGUACCUUAA